GCUAGCUAGCUGACGUUACUCCAUUCAAACAAUAAAAUCAGGGAUACUCACGGUAAGGCCCAAUGUUAAAAUGUAUUUGCUCGGCCGAAUUUCUUCCUUUAGGAAGAAAUCUUAUCAAUUACACGAAUUUGUUUAGCCUAUAAAUACGAUGAAUGUAUUUUCGCCCUAAUUGAGCAUGAAUAAAAAUCUAGGGGCAGUUCGUUUCAGUUUAGGGCUCAGGCGGGGAAUGUGGCAGUGAAGAAGACACACAUUGCGCAUGUGUGCUUAGGCAGUGCUUACGGCAAGCGAGGAGGGACGAUUUGACGGUGGUUCUGAUUGGAGUCACGUUUGUAAACUUUAGGUUUUGGACUGGGAUAAAACCUAGUUACACAUGUCGAGACACAUCAACAAUACAGACGUGUAUGAAUAGUUACACAAACUUAACCACAUAGUUAUCACUAUGUGCAGUGGAGGGCAGCUCGAAAGAGAGGGCACAGGCUGAGCAGAAUCAGGGACAGGAAUGAGUGUGCUCAAGACAGACCGAUCUUGUGAUUAUAAAGCUGGGGUGUCCUGGACUAACCUGCCAGGUAGGAGUGCAGAGCCGGAGACGCCCUGCCCUGAGAGGUUUUGGUUCUCUGUAAAACACAGCAGACAGAACCAGGAGAAACAACAGGGGGAAGGUAUCAGCACUCAUCUCUGUUUCCUUUGAAUGUUUACAGGUCAAAAGAUCAGGCCCUGCAAUGACCUGCAGUUCCCCCCAGGCCACUAAAGAGCAGAAAGAACAAAACUACACUACCAACUGAGGUGUUCGUCUCCCGCCCUUUCCAUCUGAGAGUUAACAGAGACUCCUAGAAUACCACCCCCUUCCCAUCGCAAGCAUGUCUGCUGUCAACUCAGCAACCCCGGCCCCUCUUCAGGGAGUCAACCCCCCACCCCCGGAGGUGACCAAUCCAACCAAACCAGGUCGUAAAACCAACCAACUACAAUACAUGCAGAAUGUAAUGGUCAAGACAUUGUGGAAGCACAACUUUGCCUGGCCUUUCUACGUGCCAGUUGAUGCCAUCAAAUUGGGUCUUAUGGACUACCAUAAGGUCAUAAAGCAACCUAUGGACAUGGGAACCAUCAAAAAGAGACUGGAGCAUAACUACUAUUGGAGUGCCAGUGAAUGCAUGCAGGACUUCAACACCAUGUUCACCAACUGUUACAUAUAUAACAAGCCUACAGAUGACAUUGUCCUGAUGGCACAGGCCUUGGAGAAGAUCUUCCUGCAGAAAGUUGCCAUGAUGCCCCAGGAGGAGGUGGAGCUUCUGCCUCCCGCACCCAAACCCAAGAAAAGCAAAAACAUAGGUGGUCUGGAUGGAGGCGAGUCACCAUCAUCCCUAUCUGGGUCUACGACACCUGUGAUUGGCUCUUCUCCAAUGACUGCCAUCACCCCUAACGUCCCAGCUGUCCAGAGCUCGCCCAAUGCUCCAAUGUUACCCGUCGUCUCACAAUCACAACCUCUUGUCAAAAAGAAAGGGGUAAAGAGGAAAGCAGACACCACCACCCCCACGACAUCUGCAAUCACAGCUAGCCGGAGUGAGUCGCCCAGCCCCGUCUCAGAGGGCAAGCAGGGCAAGGUGAUGUCCAGACGGGAGAGUACAGGACGUCCCAUCAAAGCUCCCAAGAAAGACCUGGUGGAAGGGGAGUUGGGCCAGCACAGCAGCAAGCGGAGCAGAAUGAGUGAGCAGCUCAAGUACUGCGACAGUAUCCUGAAGGAGAUGCUGUCGAAGAAACACGCAGCUUACGCCUGGCCCUUCUACAAGCCUGUAGAUGCUGAAGCUCUGGAGCUACAUGACUACCACGAGAUCAUCAAGCACCCCAUGGACCUCAGCACUGUCAAAAAAAAGAUAGAUGGCCGGGAGUAUCCAGAUGCACAGAUGUUUGCAGCGGAUGUUCGAGUAAUGUUCUCAAAUUGUUACAAAUAUAACCCUCCAGAUCAUGAGGUUGUUGCCAUGGCCAGAAAACUCCAGGAUGUGUUUGAGAUGCGUUUUGCUAAGAUGCCUGAUGAGCCGGUGGAGCUGAGCCCCGGUGCAGGCGGUUUGGUCAGUAAAGGCGACAACUCAAGCAGCGGUGACUCCUCCAGCUCGGACAGCUCUGACUCAGAGGAGGAGCGGGCCACCCGGCUCGCCGAGCUGCAGGAACAGGUGGGUGCGGAACAGUGUAUCUCUGUGGAGCGCCCCAAUGGUAGCGGGCAGGGGGGAAAAAACGGGUGCACCAAGCAUUUUCAGCUAAAGGCCGUCCACGAACAGCUUGCCGCGCUCUCUCAGGGCCCUGUGAGCAAACCGAAGAAGAAGAAAGAAAAGAAAGAAAAAGACAAGAAGAAGAAAGACAAGGACAACAAGCAUAGCAAAACCAAGACGGAUGAGAAGAAGGCCAAGCCUGGGCAGCCUGCCAAGCAGGGCCAGCAAAAGAAGCCCUCAAGGAAAGCCAACAGCACAGUGACUGGCUCCAGGCAAUCAAAGAAGGGGGGCCGGGGCUACGAAUCUGACGAGGAGUCUCUGCCCAUGGCGUACGACGAGAAGCGCCAGCUCAGCCUGGACAUCAACAGGCUCCCAGGGGAGAAGCUUGGUCGGGUAGUGCACAUCAUCCAGUCCCGAGAGCCCUCGCUGCGAGACUCCAAUCCAGACGAGAUCGAGAUUGACUUUGAGACGCUCAAGCCCUCCACCCUACGCGAACUCGAGCGAUACGUCAAGUCCUGUUUACAGAAGAAACAGCGGAAACCCCAACCGGCCGCUGGGGGCAAGGGAGCGAGAUCCAAGGAGGAGCUGGCUCAGGAAAAGAAGAAAGAGUUAGAAAAGAGGCUACAGGAUGUCAGCGGCCAGCUGAACAGUAACAACAAGAACAAAACCGACAAAAAGAAAACAUCCAAAAAAGAGAAGGGCGCUGGGUCCGGUACCGGUCCUUCACAUCUCAGCGGCAGCAGUAGCUCUUCAGACUCGGGCAGCAGCAGCUCCAGUGGGUCCAGUUCUGACAGCAGCGACUCCGACUGAAAAGCGCCGCCCAAACACUCGCUGGGAACUAUUCCUUUUUAUUUUUGCCCUGUGUAUAAAAAAAAUAAACAUUGUAUGCAGUCAUAGUGAUUUCCCCCUUCUAAAACAUUUAAUGAGGAAAAAACAACAAAAUGUAAUGUCAGAAACAGAAGAAAGAAACAUGGGGAAUUAUAGAUGACUUGACAGGGUUCUUUUUGUUUCCACUUACUUUUAAAGGGAUGUGUUCAAAAUCGACCAAACAUAAAACAAGCAUUUUGUAAUACACUCUUGGAUGAAUGCCAGAUGUCUUUUUUUUCUCCUAAUACAAUCAUCAACAUGCAUCUCAAUGUGAAGGAGUUGUUGCAUAGUUAUCAAGACAGCGCAGAACCCCAUGUCCACCUCCUAGCUUCAGCCCUGCUACAUAAACAAUCUAUUCAAUUACUUUCACUGAAAAAUAAUCAACACUUCUCAUCCAGCUUCACAAGUAUUUUUCACCCUUGUGAUGAGGGCCCUCUUGAAAUAGGUUUAUCUCUGUUUUGGGUUGUUUCUCCAAUCAUUUGACUUUCGACAAAUACUGAACCAUGUUUGCCUGAGGGGUACAUUUCAGAUUAUUCUGAACAAUCAUGUUGGGUGUCCUCAGCAGCAUAUACAGUCAAAUUGAAUGAUCUGAAGAUUUUCAUUUAAUAGUGGAACUUGAUUGCUGUUAUUCUUUGUAUGAUGACUGACAUGGUCUCUUUUUUCUCCCGGCAGUAUGUAAAGUUUUAGCAAAAAUGUCUGCUCGAUGGUAACUGGUCUGAGAGGUUAUUGACGAAGAUUUUAACUUAAAGAGUUUAGACUUUUAAGGCUUUUGGGCAGAAGAAAUUACCGUAAAAUAAUUCACUCAACAGUUGGUUUCAUUACUCAUAACAUGACAACCACUAUGCGUGAUGGCCUCCUGUACAUGUCUUUCCUGGCAUGUCUCUUGCUUGAUCUAUCAUCCUCACUGAUGAAUGUAUGUAUGGUGCCAUGAAUGAUUGUGCUCCACCAUGUCAGUGAUAUUGUGUACAUCACUGCUUUAUGUAAGAUGGGACGGUCAAAACUGUACAUAGCUGACCUCUGUGUACAUUUUUUGUACAAUGGCGUAGGAACAUGAAUAUUGCAGAGCACACCCGCCAUCUGUUGGUGCUUUAUUCCAAACAGAGCAGUGCCGUGUCCCCUGAUCUUUUUCUCUGUUGAUGUCAAGUUUGGACAAUGAAAGCAGGACAAUAUUGUAAACAAUGUGAGUCUUCCUCUGAAGUGUAGCGUAUUGAUUUCUGAAUGUAAUUUGUUACCUCUGGGUCCCUUGUUUUAUUGUGACUAGAUGCCACAGCCUCGUAUGACUUCAGUUUAGUUUUCAUUCAACUCAUCUUUUAUUUUUGUCUUAGUGAACAAAUGGUUAAUUAUUCAUAAGAGAAUAUCAUGACAAUUUAUUCCACUCCUGUAAGAAUGCAUAUGAUUAUUUCAUGAAGUAUAAUUUGUGGUCAGUUUUUUUCUGGAAUUUGUUGAAAAUAACUUGAACAUUGAAACCACUUGGGAUUUUCUUUACUGUUAAUAAGUUGAUACAUUAUACAUUUGGUCAUAUGCAUUAUUUUGGGCUAUGGUGGAAAUAAAUAUUUGUGUAAUUUUGUGGCUUGUCCCACAUACCAGGUUGCACUUAACUACAAAAUUCCCCAAAUGAUCUUGUAUGCAUUUCUCUGCCUAUACCAAUGUUCUCCAGUACAGGCCCUAUCAGGUUUUUCUAAGAAUGUCUUUUAGAAGCAAAACACAAAAUAACAAAUAUAUAUAUACACACACACAUAUAUAUAUAUAUAUAACUUUUAGUUAAUUUCUAGGCCCUGGUCAAAUAUAAUAGUUCCUUUUUAUAUUUUCAAAAGCAAAUGUUUACUUUUUAUCCUAGAUGUGCAUGCAAGUUUAUUGUAAUUUUCUUAUACCCUUUUUUGAGCUGUUAUAGUAUCUUCCUGUAAGUGUCAGUCAUCGAAACAAAUCAAGGAUUCAGUGUAAGUAGUUUUAGGCUUGUUGAUUGCAAUAUGGGACUGAGGGUGGUAUUUGGGGGGUGGGGACUGGAGGUAGAAGCUAACAUUUAAUGUAACCGCUAACCUGGAAUCAGGUGAAAUAUUUUUUUUUAAAUAAAUUCAAAAGACCCUA